AUGGAGGCCCGCCACUGUCAUCAACGUGGCGAAAAAGGAGACGUAUACCCAGAACACGACGAAGACCACGCCGGCACCAGGCAGACCCAUGAGGAAAGCUCCAAAGAUGACGUCCGGAACAACGGGCAGAAAACCGAGUUGCAUGCCAACAGGAACAACAACGCAACUACACCCAGUGACACGAACAUUCAGAAAGAUAUCACCAAUAAGUCUAUCUCAUUAGAAGACUUCACGGCUGCGCUGGUCCCCUACAAAUCAGUCAUUGACAUCAGUGGAGUCCCCUUCAUCCUCGAACCCUUUCGAUGCACUCUCUGCCACCAACCCACCUCUCUUGCGCCUACCACGAAGUUCUCACAACGGAUCUGCGAUAUCUGCCGAAUCGCCCUCGACGCCGACGCCCCACUGCGCUUCCUACACGACAUCGUAGGCAAAGUUUACGCAUUCUGGCUCACACUGCGGCGCGAAGAACUGUGCGAUCGUAUCGAGCGAAUCGAUCUCCCAGGCAUGCGUACGUAUUUCGGGAUUAUCGAAGGCAUUCCCGGAAACAAGACGACGCUUCCCGCUAUCACCAAUGUCCGCGUUUACGAUGAAGCGGGUAUGUCACUAGCAUCGCACGCAUUGUCCACAGAGCAGCGCGGCCUGCUGGAAGAGGUGCUACUUACCGUGAAUCAGUGCCACAUCUCGUUGUUGGUACUUGCACCGCUUUUGGAGAAGUUGAUGUACGCGGACGUCGACAGCCCCGUGCUGCAGGUUGGGGAAUACCGCUACCAACCCAAACACGAAUCCUGCUAUUCUCACUGCAUUCACAUCUUUACGCUCAAAGAUGGGCGUCACUUCGUGGUUAGCUUCACGGACCGCCAGCUGGGCUGGUACCCUCUGAUCGUGCCGUAUGCUGAGUACCUCAAUCUACGUGUCAAGAUUGAGUCAGUGCCUAGCAUGUACGGUUUAGGUUACGUGCAUACGGAGACCGCCGCUGCACUGGGAGAGCCGGAUCUUAUAUCCGAAGACGAACGUGGGAGCAGUGGGAUACUGCAACGAGAGCGUUGGUUGAAGGUGGCAGAUGAGGUUGUGCGCAGGUGGGAAGAAUGGGCGAAGAAAGAAGAGUGA